CACAAAUGUUUCCUUAUACAUUAUUGAUACAGCGGAUGUAAACUUGAGUGUUUCCUAAUUUGAGUAACACAAGCUAUGUAGUGAUCGGGACAAGUUAAACAUGAAGUGCAUUUUUCAAAUUUUUCUCGUGUUCAUCUUUUCCAUAAUCAAUUUUGGAGCUAGCUUGAAUAUAUCAAUUAUUUCGGAUACCCAGUAUGGCGAUGCACAGAAAAACUGCACAUCUGAGUUUUCCGGUACACUUAUACCAUUCCAAAUAUUACAAAGCAAUGCUUCUUCCGUACUGAAAGCUUUGGAAGUCAACGACACAGCAUGGACUGGCCUAGAAAAGUUUGCAGUAGGAUGUCAAAAUGAAACUGAAACGGAACAAAAUAGAAUAUGCACAGAUAUAAAACAUGAACGAGUGCCAACGUCUUUCAAGCUGAAUUACACAUGUGUUGCUAAUGACCAAGUUAUGAUGACUUCAAAUGAGGCCAAAACGUACAGCGAUAGUCAAAGUGACUGCAAAUCACUAAGUAGCUCAGUCGCCAAACUAGACAAUCAGCACCAAUUAUAUAAACUCCCAAAGAGUAUUCAGGUUCCUGAUAGGGGUAAAGAGUGGUUUGAAACGGUCGAAACAGACUAUCUGAAAAGCAGUUUGAUACGGCGUUGCCAGUUUGUGAGGAAAACUGAUGAAUGUUCUUUACGGGUAGAAUUUGGAGACUGUGACGAUGCUAGAAAAGGAAUUUGCUACACAGACGAAGAUAUGUCAUAUCAAAGCAGUCUCAAAUUUGUUGAGUUCCAUGAAAUUGGUAAUAUCACAGCGAGGGACAGAGUCGACAUUUCUGAAGAAGAUUUAUGUUCUGUCUCGACGGUGACGACUAUCAAGGAAACGACAGAACAUAUGCCACCUUCUACUCAAGAAUAUACCACAACUACCAUAAGACCAAGACAAUUUUCAGAUAAUCCAAAUGAUGAAACCAGUGCAACAGAAACUACACGAAUAUCUACAGGCGGUACCUCGGUUGGUGUAUACAGUACAAUUCAUGCUGUACCUGCUGAACCCAGAAAACCUUCCUCGGAAUCAAAUAACUUAUGGAUUAUUGCUGUCGUAAUAAUAUCCCUUUUGGUGAUCAUGAUAAUUGUACUCAUCAUGGUUUUGAGACAUAAAAGAAGAGUAGGCAAAGGUACGAUACUAGAACACGAUGGAGAAAAGCGCACGAGUACUUCUGAUGUGAGUGCCCCAGUAACAGGAAGCCUCCGACGAUUCCAAGCAACUUCUGUAAGACCCUUCGGGACUGAUUCAGGUAUAGAAGUACUAGGACGAGAUAUGUUUAGCGGCCUGCAAUCGGAAAAUAUUGAAAUCACUGAUUUAGAUGAAGAAAUCAAAGAAACUCAAUUGAAUGACAAUGGAGCAUUACGAGAACUCAAUGUCAUGACUGAAAACAACGACAAUCAGAAUAUAUCCACAGAAAGUCAAGAAGAUGAAAUAAAAGUGAUAGAAGCUGAAACAAAGUCAACAAGUAGCACUCAUGAUUUUAUUAAUGGAGACAGUUCUGACGAAAAAACUGGAUUGAUACUUGACAACGGAGCAUUACGAGAACUCAAUAUCAUGACUGAAAACAACGAAAAGCAGAAUAUAUUCACAAAGAGUCAAGAAGAUAAAAUAAAAGAGACAGAAGAAGAAACAAAGUCAACAAGUAGCAGUCAUGAUGUUAUUAAUGGAACCAGUUCAGACGACAAAACUGGAUUGAUACUUGAAGAUCCUUGAAUGACAUUACAGAAUCAUUUAUUUAUAAACCAUUUCUUGAUUUGACUCUAGAAGUGCAAUUGCAUACGAGUACUUCCCUUCCAAUAAAGCGUCAAUUAUAAGUAGCUCAUGUUCAUCUACCUUAUUCCAGGUUGACACGCAUAUCAUAUUUAAUUUGCUUAAACAAAGGCUAUAAAACUUAUGUAAGACAAGUCGAGUGAAGCUAAAAAAAAAAGUAGUUUAUUAAGAUACCAUCUCAUUUAUAAUUACUGAUAACCGCAACUUGACGUUGCAGCUAACCACUGAUAACGAAGGUACUCGUAUCCAAAUAUAUGUUGAGUCAAAUUAGCAAUUUUUUUUAUUCAUGGCAAGGUUUAUUGAAUGCUGUGUUCUUUCACGUUUUUUGUUUUUGUUUUGUUUUUUUGUGGUAGACACGUUAAAAGCUUGGUUUUGAAUUGUAAAUGAUUUAUUUUAUGAAUGGUUGUAUAUAUGAGAUAUUGACUGAACUGUAGUAUAAUUUCAAUUACCAUUCUCAUUAUUUUUUUAAAAACUGAAAAGAAUAUUCAGGCUUUACAUAAUUCAGAGAAAAGAUGGAAUAGUUAAAAACUUGACAAAUUAAGUUUAUUAUUUUCUUUAAUAUAUAACAUAUAUAUAAAAAAAAACUCUUUGGAUAAAAAUCCAUCAAUUUUUUUUUUCAAGUGCUAAACAUUGUGUGUACUUUAAUGUUAAUUUAUAGAUAUUGCUUUACAUUAGAGGUAGUUAAUUGAAAAUGAGGAAAUAUAUGAAAAAUUAAAGAUAUUUCAAAUGAAA